CGUCUCGUCUCGUCUCCGGAGUCCGGAGGCCUCCCCUAGAAAAAAGAGAACACCAGACCAGACGGGGAGGGAGGGAGACGCCAAAGCAGACACUUCUCCGCACCGCGCCACACGCAGCACCGCGUCGCGGCAGUGGGCAGGCAGGCAGAUCUCCGCCAUCCACCUCCCCAUCCCCCUCCCCCGCCGCGCCACGGAGGGACGGGCUCUCCCCGCCCCCGCCCCCGCCCCGGCGGAGAUCCCCGCGGAAUCUCGCCGCCGCCGCGCCCGAUCUCGGUUCCGCCGGCCGGCCGCCUGCCCCCGUCGUCCCGAGCCAAUACCAGGACUGUACAUCUACACCUCAAAAUGAUGAUGGGGUUGCUGGCAUUUGAGAACAACCAGGGGCUCUGGAAUGGCGGAUAUUAUUCACAGUUUUUUGGGAUUGGAGGAGUUAUGGUGACUGUUGCAAUUCUUUGGUUAUCUACGGGUUAUUUUGGAGGAAUUGGUGCUCCUUUUGCUCCAUACUUUUGGCCAUAUUUAGGACAACUCCCCAAAAAGAAGGAACGACAAAGGCCCGUGAGAGUGUACAUGGAUGGGUGCUUUGACCUCAUGCACUACGGCCACGCAAACGCAUUGCGACAGGCCAAGUUGCUGGGAGAUCAACUGGUAGUUGGUGUUGUCAGUGAUGAGGAGAUUGUGGCGAAUAAGGGCCCGCCUGUGCUUUCGAUGGAAGAGAGGUUGACGCUUGUUAGUGGAUUAAAGUGGGUGGAUGAAGUCAUACCCAAUGCACCCUAUGAGAUCACAGAGGAAUUUAUGAAUACCCUCUUCAGUAAAUACAACAUUGAUUACAUUAUACAUGGAGAUGAUCCUUGUCUUCUACCUGAUGGAACGGAUGCUUAUGCCUUAGCAAAGAAGGCUGGACGAUACAAGCAAAUCAGGCGUACUGAAGGAGUCUCAAGCACCGAUAUAGUCGGUAGAAUAUUGCAAACAUUCAAGCAUAAAGAGGGUGUUAACGAGAAUGCUGGCGUGGAAUCAUGCGAUCAGAUGAAAACCCAGCUAUCCAAUUUUCUUCCAACUUCCCGCCGGAUAAUGCAGUUUUCAAAUGGGCAGGCUCCUUCGCCAGGUGCUCGUGUUGUUUAUAUAGAUGGUGCAUUUGACCUUUUCCAUGCUGGUCAUGUUGAGAUCCUUAGAAGUGCUAGGCAACUUGGUGACUUCCUUCUUGUUGGUGUUCAUGAUGACCAGUCCAUCAGGGAAAAAAGAGGCUAUCCUCCUAUCAUGCACCUCCAUGAGCGUACCCUUGGUGUACUUGCCUGUCGCUAUGUUGACGAAGUUAUAAUAGGCGCACCAUGGGAGGUUUCAAGGGAUAUGAUCACUACAUUCAACAUUUCAUUGGUUGUGCAUGGGACAGUAACCGAGGGUGGUUCUGCUAGUGAAGUUGAUCCGUAUGCCCUUCCAAAGAAUAUGGGUAUUUUCCAAGUAGUCACAAGCCCCAAAACAAUAACAUCUGUUUCGGUCGCUACAAGAAUAAUUGAUAACCAUGAAGCGUACAAGAAAAGAAACUUGAAAAAGAAGGCGAGUGAGGACAAGUACUACACGCAAAAGAAAUUUGUCUACGGAGACUAAUGCUGCAAAGGAGCUUACAGUUUUGCUGCAAGCUGAGGAAAUUCAUGGUGCCUCUGUACUAAAGAGUUAUUCUAUAACAGAUUGCAACAAUUGCUCAGCUAUAGAAAGUAGUCAGUGAUAAGUUGAUGGCCAUUCGGCAAAGGGAAUCAGCUCAAGGAAAUAAAUUAACAGACUGCCAGUCUUCUACUGUUGCCCUUUUUCGGCUGGAAUGUCCACUUAACAGCAAGAAUUCACAUACAUGAUUCUUUUUUUACUUUAUUAUCCCUGGAGGGGAAAUAUUCAUCGCUGAACACCUUCAGCAGACCAUUGUUGUAUUCUUGUAUGUUAUUACUUAAGGGUUUGUGAAGUGAUUAGAGUUGCAUACUUUCUAAUUGUACUAAGUUAUAGUUUAAAGUAUAUAUACUGCUGAGAAACAACCUAGUGAUGAUCUGUUGACAUUUGAUUGAUUUGUGUAACCAGAGAAGGUUAUGUUCA